CCAGACUAUAAGAUGGCCGAUAAGAUAUCGACAUGCAUCAUUGGAUCUGGCAAUUGGGCCACGACCAUAGCCCGAAAUGUGGGCAGGAAUGUGGCCGCAAUGGCCAACACAAUGGAGCCGAAGGUCUACAUGUAUGUGUAUGAGGAAAUAGUUGAGGGUCGAAAGCUUACCGAAAUCAUCAACACAACCCACAUCAAUGUGAAGUACAUGCCGGACUUUGUGUUGCCUGAAAAUAUUGUGGCUGUGGAUGAUAUUGUGACUGCUGCCAGGGACUCCGACAUCCUGAUAUUUGCCAUACCCCCGACCUUCGUCAGCAGCUGCUGCAAGACCCUGUUGGGCAAGGUAAAGCCCACGGCCCAUGCCGUCUCCCUGAUCAAAGGAUUCGAGCGGGGAGACGAUGGACAGAUCAUACUGAUCUCUCAGAUUAUCAUGCGACAGUUGAAGGUUUCCUGCUCCGUUAUGGUGGGCUGCAAUUUGGCCCACGAGUUGGCCAAUGAUAACUUUGCCGAGGGCACUGUGGGUUGUCGUGAUCAGAAGUACUACCGCGUGCUUCGGGACAUCUUCAAGUCGGAAACAUUUCGAGUGGUGGUCACCGAAGAUGCUGACUGUGUGGAGAUCUGUUCUACUUUAAGGAACAUCAUUGCCUUUGCUGCCGGCUGCUCUGAUGGCAUGGAACUGAACGAGAACACCAAGGCGGGCAUUAUUCGUAGGGGUUUCCUGGAGAUGCUGCAGUUUGUGGAUGUCUUCUAUCCGGGCUGCCGCAUGGGCACCUUCUUUGAGGCCUGCGGCAUAUCCGAUUUGGUCACCAGCUGUUACGCCAAUCGUAAUCGGAAGCUGGCCGAGGCCUUUGUGAAGACUGGGAAGCCUCUGUGCGAACUGGAGCAUAUACUCAUAUCAGGCCAUGAGCCCUUGGGUCCAGUCACUGCCGAACUGGUUCACAUUUUACUCAAGAAAAAAGGAUUGGUGGACAAAUUUCCACUGUUUACAACGGUCUAUAAAAUCUGCAUGGGAGAUCUACCGCUGACACGCCUCGUGGAGGCCUUAUGUCAGGCCAGCGAGGACAUCUUCCAUCCGCAACACACUUUCCAGCUUUGAAGGCUGGUCCCCAGUUUAAAAUAAAUCAGAACCGAACAGAAAAGAAUAGAACAGAAAAACAGCAAUUUGGUUU